CUUCUUGUUCACAACUUGAUGAAUAUACUUGCCAUAUUGUUGUUCUUAGCUGAGGAGAAAUUAUUAUUAUUAUUAUUAAGCCCCUAACCAGCUCAUUGAUGCAAUGAUUGCUUAAUAUGCUUCAAGGGAAGGAAAUGAUAAGAUACAGACUAGCACAUUUACUUGACAGAUGGCAAAAUGCGCCACGUGGCAGCCCUAGUGCCAGUGCUAUUUUUUUUCUUCCAUUCUUCCAUGGACAAUGGUCGGUUGAAUUCCGGCAUCUUUCUUUUCUCAAAUGGGUGAACUUCAUCAAUAAGUUUAUUCUCUUACAUCACAAGUAAAAGCAAAAAAUUUGAUCUCUCAAUAUACAUGCAGGUUGGUUGAAUCCAGCACCAAAGUUUUCAAGUUGCAUUUAUCACCCUGCAUAAUCAAAUGUUUGAUAUUUUUAAUUACCAGCCACUGAGUACUGAAGUCUAAUUCUUCUUCUCAAGUCUCUCCUCUUUGUGCAUACGUGCAGAUAGUUGUCAGGAAUUAGGAGAAGCAUUUUGCAAGCGAGUUCUGACUGAGAAAUAUAAAAGAAGAUUCAGGUGAUCUGCAGCUGAAUUAAAGCAUUAAUUCAACUAGUAUUCAGCUGCUUAUGCUUCAAUAAUGAGAGACAUAAGAUGAUUGCAAGUUCAAAGGAAGAAGAUUCUCCCACUAGAGUACAAGAAGGUAACACAAAUGAUAUCAAGGUCAGUAAAGGUCCAUCUACUUCUUCACCAUCGUUGAGAUUGAAGGAUCCGCGAAUUGUACGUGUUUCGCGUGCCUUUGGGGGAAAAGACAGGCAUAGUAAAGUUUGCACCCUAAAAGGAUUGAGAGACAGAAGGGUAAGGCUUUCGGUUCCUACUGCUAUUCAGUUGUAUGAUCUUCAAGACAGGCUUGGACUUAAUCAGCCUAGCAAGGCUGUUGAUUGGCUGCUUAAUGCAGCUAAACAUGAAAUUGAUGAACUCCCUCCACUCCCAGUGCCACCAGAGAACUUUGCCCUUAACCGUCAAAUGGUUAUAAGUAAUUCUCAAGAAGUUGGUGUUUCCCAAUCCAACAAAGAAGGGCUUAAAACCAGUAGUAGCGUUAAUUGGGAAGAUCCUGCAGGAGGGUUAUCAAGAUCAAGCUUUUGGAGCUCUGAUGCUUUUUGGAGGGCUAAAUCCAAAGACGUUGCAAGGGAACCAACCAAUGAGAAAAACAACUGGAAUAAAAGAAAUGAAGAGGAAAAACAAGAAGGCAGUGAAAAUCACAAUGGGGCAGAAGUUUCAUCUGAUAAUAUCUUACAAAAAACCAAUCAUUCUCCCUUGCCAGCAUUGUUAAACAAUGCAGUGCCAUAUGGUUCUUACUAUCAUUUUGAACCUUCGAAUUUUCCUUUAUCACAUUUAGGAAGCCAUGGAUUUGCAUCCCACACAGAAGAACCACAUAAUUUCAAUAUAGUGCCGGUGCCAUCCACAUUAUCUCUAUCAUCUGGUUCUCAAAUAUUGAUAUGUCCACCAGGAGCAACACAGCCUUUGUUCCCUCCUCAUGCUACACCUUCUCUAGAGAUUGAUCCUAGACAAGAAGCUAAUCAUCUUCAGAUGCUGAGCUCAGGUGCACAAAACCUCUUUCCUAAUUCUCUUUACCCUCCACCAUACUCAAUAAGCCAAUCUAUCAGACCCUAUUUGAGUAUGACUCCUAGGCUUCCCUAUUCUCAUAACAACAGUACUGGAAGUCAGGCAGAUAAGGAACGGGGGUUUCCUUCUAAAUGAAAAGAAAGCAAUAUUAUAAUGAGGAAUUCCUUUGGAAUAAGCAUGACUUGCCCGAGGAGAUGGAAAAAAGGUACUGUAUAAUUUGAACCUAUUUACGUAAUUUUAAGGCAUUCUACUUCCUGGAAGUGAGAAGCAGGCAAUUAGUUACGGGGAUAACAAUUAAGUUUUUGUGUUUGAUUUCAUAAGUUUGUUUGAUUGGGUGAUUGGAAGAUCAGAUCUUCAUAGAUUUGAAUGCCACGCUGCUAAAAUAAUUGAACUAUAUAGUUUUGAUGCUGUAUGAAUAUAUAGUUAGAUACUAGUGAGAUAUCAAAACACCGGAAAGUGUUCAUACUUCUUAAAAAAAUUUUCAGCUGAGUGAUCAUAGAGCAAUACAUAUGAAAUGCUAUAAAUUAAUUAUUUUGCAUUGAUUUUGAAAUUUGGUUAUGAGCACAACAUGUGACAUACAUAACAAUCUGUCUAAUAGAGAUCAGAGAGAGUGAUAGAGAUAUUCAGCUUAAAUUCAAUGGCAAUUUGUUAAGUUUCCUAUAUAGCCAACUGCUCUCUUUACCUUCUCCUUACUCUUUUCUCCAAGCAAAAAACCAAUGGAAGGAUAUAUGAAAACUAAGUAGUUAGGUGAAGAACAUACUCUUUCCGCUUGACAAUUAUGCGGCAGAAAAGGAUUAUAUAUAUUACAAAGCAAAGUAGAUGAAGGAUAUUAGAGGCAGUAGUACUGCAUCUUUGCACAAGAUCCAACAGGAAAAUGUUAUGAUGAAAGAAAUAGCAGGUUGAAAAAAUAGGGUUAGAGG